AUGUCUACACCUGCUGCACUGUGGGAGUCCUCGGACGUAACGUCUUCCACACAAGUGACAGAAAAGGGGGAUCCAACCGAGUCCAAGAACAGCCAGAAUUCAUCCCUGAGUCUAGCUAAUGAAGCCCCGGAAACAAAAGACAAUGAGAAUACUUCAGAGCAGGAAAAAAGACCUAUUCAAGGGUGGCGAUGGUUUGCGAUCUGCACAGCCGUUUACGGAACCUCCAUUCUCUACGGACUCGACACAACAAUCGCGGCAAGUAUCCAAGCGAAUGCAGUUGAAGAUUUCGGAAGUGUACAGAAGCUUGCCUGGCUAGGAACUGGUUUCUCGCUGGGAUCGAUUGCUAUAAUUAUGUCUUUAGGGAAGGCCUACGGGAUUUUCAAUUUGAGAUACCUUUAUUUCGGAUUUAUUGUUCUCUUCGAAGCAGGAAGCGCUCUUUGUGGAGCAGCUCCAAACAUGAACGCUUUGGUUUUUGGCCGUAUUUGGGCAGGUCUUGGUGGUGCUGGAAUGUAUCUUGGGGGUCUCAAUACCGUGGCUAUUUUUACGACCAAUAGGGAGAAAGCGCUAUAUAUGGGCUUGAUCGCCCUGUUCUGGGGUGUGGGUUGUAUUUUAGGGCCCAUAAUUGGCGGCGCAUUUGCAGAUAGUUCUGCAACCUGGAGAUGGGCUUUUUAUAUCAAUCUCGUCUGCUUCGGAGCGUUACUACCUGCUUACGCCUUCUUACCAUCGUUCGAUCCCCAGCCUACCAAACCAUUGAGUGCCAAACUUCGUGAAAUGGAUUGGAUUGGCGCUAUUCUCAACGCCGCUGUCUACGCCACUUUUGUUAUCGCUCUGACGUUCGGAGGAGCCACAUGGGCAUGGAACGCCGGUGGUACCAUUGGAACCUUCGUGGCGUUCGGGGUCAUCUUGAUCGCUUUCAUUUUGCAGCAGACAUUUGCAAUUCUAACCACGGAAGAAAGCCGCAUCUUCCCGGUGGAGUUUCUAAGGAGACGCAUAAUGAUACUUCUCUAUGUAUUAACGGCUUGUUCUGCGACUGCUGUCUUCGUGACCGUAUAUUACAUCCCGCUUUAUUUUCAAUUCGUUCAUGGAGAAAACGGCAUUACGUCGGCUGUACGGCUGCUCCCAUUUAUUUUCCUAUUUGUACUGGCUGUGUUGAUGAACGGAAUCAUCAUGCCCAGGUCAGGAUGGUAUAUGCCGUGGUUUGGAGUAGGCACUGUCCUAAUCACAAUUGGCUCCGCGUUGAUGCAUGCCUUGGUGAAUAGCCACACGGGCAACGGUGCGAUAUACGGAUAUAGUGUACUUCUCGCUAUUGGCUGUGGCCUGACGAUUCAAGCUGCAUAUUCAAUUGCCCCGGCCAAGGUCGGUCCAGCACGCACAGCCGAUACAGUCAGUUUUAUAAACUCUGCUCAGAUUGGUGGUGUGACAAUCGCUCUAUCUAUAUCAGGAACCGUCUUUCAAAAUAUCGCAUAUCAGCGUAUUCAGACUGCCACUGUGGGAAUGGGGUUUACUUCCGCUGAUAUCCACGGUGCUAUUUCAGGCACUAAAAGCAUUGUGUUCGAUAACACAUCCCCAGAGGUCCGGGCUCAAGUUAUUGAAGGGAUCGUUGAUGCCAUCAGUCAGGUCUACAUUAUGGUUAUAAGUGCUGGGGCCCUAGGAAUUGUCUGCUCUAUUUUGCUACCCCGUGAGAAACUUUACAUGACGGCUAACGCUGGCGGCUAA